AUGGCGAAAGGGAGCGCUUUUGAUCUGGCAACCUGUGCGCGGUCUAACAUCCUCAAGUUGAAGCCAUAUCGGUGCGCACGAGAUGACUACAAGGAUGAUGGACAUAACAUCCUGCUAGACGCGAACGAGAAUGCCUUCGGUCCUGGCCUAGCACUCGGAGAAGUCGACCGGCUUCGCAACGGCGAUCAUGCCAGUCCAGACGUCGACCUUCUCGGCCUCAAUCGAUAUCCCGAUCCCCACCAGAUAGACCUCAAGGAGAAGUUCUGCAGAUUACGAAACACCAAAGUCCACACACAGAAGACACUGAAACCUGAGAACAUGUUCUGCGGAGUAGGAUCUGACGAGGCUGUCGAUGCCCUGAUGCGCUGCUUCUGUGUACCCGGGAAAGACAAGAUCCUCACCUGCCCUCCAACAUAUGGCAUGUACGCAGUUUCUGCUGAUGUGAAUGCAGUCGAUAUUGUGACGGUUCCUCUCAACGUCAAAGACAACUUCUCCCUCCAACCAGAUCAGGUCAACAAGGCACUUGCAUCAGAUCCGAACAUCAAGCUGGCAUACAUCUGCUCACCUGGAAAUCCGACUGGUGCGCUCAUUCGAAAAAGUGAUAUUCAACAGAUUCUCGAGCAUCCUACAUGGAACGGUGUUGUGAUUGUUGACGAGGCGUACGUCGACUUCUCGCCCGAGGGAAGCAGUCUGGCGGAAUGGGUCCUCGAGUGGCCCAACCUGGUGGUCAUGCAAACGCUGAGCAAGGCAUUCGGAUUAGCAGGCGUCAGGUUAGGAGUGGCAUACGCAAGUCCUGAGAUUGCAAGUCUUCUCAACAGCAUGAAGGCGCCCUACAACAUCUCGAGUCCGACCAGUGCCAUUGCAAACGCGGCUCUCGAAGAGAAGAACAUAGCUGUGAUGCGCGACAAUCGAAGGAAGAUCAUCGCACAGAGGGAACGACUGCUGAAGGAAAUGCCACAGAUACCCGGCGUUGGCAGGUUCUUGGGCGGCACUGAAUCGAACUUCCUCCUUGUCGAGAUCCUCGACGGUGAAGGAGGCAAGCCUGACAACCCAACCGCGCUGGCUGUCUACGAAACCAUGGCGGGGCAACGUGGGGUUGUCGUAAGAUUCCGCGGCAAGGAACAUGGAUGUGAAGGAUGCCUGCGAAUCACUGUUGGCACGGAGAAUGAGGUUGAGCGGUUCCUGGCAGAGUUGAGAUUGGUCCUGCAGGAGAUCUAUGCAGGCCGAAGAAGUGUCAAUGGCGCAAAGGAGGAAGUCAAGGAGAAACAUGCAAAUGGUGUAGUAGCCUAA